ACUAGAAAGAAUUAAAGGACCCAGCUUCCUUUCCCACCGAACAUCGUUAACAACGAGUCACGCAACAACAAAGCCACUAAAAAACCUUUAAAAAAAUCUCAAUUCUUCGAUUUCUUCGAAGCUCUUACAAAUUUCGAAUUUACUUCAAAACCCAUUUCUCUAAUUUGCAGGUUUUCAUCAAGAAACUCGCUUUGUCGUUUUUUUUUUUUUUUUAAAUUUUGGGAUAUAAUGGAGUCUACCGUGAAAAUUUUCUCUUCAAUGAUAUUUCCGAUAAAUUCAACACAAAAAUUUAAUAAUUUUAACAAAAUUUCAUAUGUGUUUGGAUCCAAUGUAAGCAGCUCCAUCUCUAAAAUCUGCGCCGUUUGUUCCAAUGGCUCUGUUUCAUCCUCUGCUUCUCGUGGGGCCGAGCCAAGGGCUGUGGGAGAGGUACACAGGCGAAGAAGCAGUCUGGAAUCUCUAUUUUGUUAUGAUAAACCUAUCCCAGAGGAACGAAUUGAAGAACCAGUUGGGGUAUCUUUGGCUGAAAAGGUAGUUGGAGAUAAUCUCCGAUGCACUGAUUGUCAGGCCAAAGGUGCCGUCCUUUGUACCACUUGCUCCGGUUCUGGAUUAUAUGUAGACUCAAUAUUGGAGAGCCAGGGUAUCAUUGUCAAAGUCCGCUGCCUAGGCUGUGGAGGAACUGGCAAUAUCAUGUGCUCUGAAUGCGGCGGCCGUGGUCAUCUAGGAUCCAACUAGCUCUAUGGCUGGCCUCUUUACACAUUGGAAUCCCAUUUAUUUUAGUAAUGUAAUUCGUUUACAAAAUUCAAUGUCCUAUUUUGUUAGUUAAUGAUAACAGAGAUUAAAUCAAUGUAUCUGAUCAUGCAAUUUUCUAAUGGUGUUUGCAACCA